GGCGAAACAACACCAUGACCGACAGGAACAGCACGCAUAAUAGAGACUCGAAUCCUUACUUUGCUCCAUCAACAUAUUACUUCAAUUCGUCAUUAUCUUGCAAUUGAUUCACACUGACAUUCGUGUUUUACCAUCUGACAUCUAUCAUCAAUCCACCUUGAAUAUUAGCUGAAAAAAUGGCAAACAAGCUGCCCCAGUCCGCUCAGGAACUGCGCGGUCAAGUCAGUGAGGCCUACCAACUUGCAGGCCUGUACGCCUUCGCUAUUGGCGAGUUCACAUUGAUAAAAGUCCUCAUCGAUUACAAAGUCUUUGAUGCAAUCCCAGAGGAGGGCGACAUUUCCAUCGCCGAGCUGGCAAUCAAGGUCGGCGGAGAGCAGGAGAUCCUUGAUCGCUUCAUCUUUCAACUCAUCAACGCCGAAGUCCUCGCGGGUCCAGCAACUGGCCGUGUUGCACACACGUACAAGUCAAAAAAGUACAUCUCGACCACCAUUGAAGCUGGCCUCGUGUGCCAUGUUUUCAACAUGCUCUUACGACCAUUGGCACAAUUGCCGACCUACUUCAAACAGCAUGGCUUUGCAUCUCCCAAAAGCUCCAAGGUCACGCCCUUCGGUAUGGCCUUAAAUCACCCAGAUUGGGACGUCUAUCAAAUCUUGGACGAUGAACCAUCGCUUUAUAACCAGUUCAACGGCGUUCUGAAGAGUCUGGGCUCUAUGUACUCCCUCCAGGGAACUUACGACUUUUCAUGGAUGGAGCCAAAACUUACCGGCGAGCGCCUCGCUGUUAUUGAUAUUGGUGGCAGCAGUGCCCUCGGAAUCAAGGAUAUUCUCGAUCACAACACUUUCAUUCCCGCCCAGAGGUGUGCGUUAUUGGAUCUUCCUCAAGUGGUCGAGACAACCAAAAACACGUGCCAUGAGAGUCUCAAAUCCAUUCAAUUUGUUCCCGGAAGCGUCUUCGAUCCCUUUCCCAAGCAUCUCCACGGCGCGUGCGUCUAUCAGUUACGACGGAUCCUGAACGACUUUACGGAUGAGGACGUGCUGCGUGCUCUCCGCAAUGUGCGAGCAGCAGCAGCCCUUGAUUCUCGGAUUUUGAUCAUUGAGGAGAUGAUGACGGGAGAACGAAACCUCCUGACGGCUGGUAUGGACGUUUUCCUGAUGAUGGUCGGUGGAAAGAAGCGUAAUACUGCUAUGUUCAGUGAUCUUGCUGUGCGCGCCGGUCUCCGCUUGACGGGCGAGUUCAAGCAAGUAUCUGCGGCUUUUGAUGACUAUAGUGUUUUGGAGUUUUCGGUAAUAUAAAAGAUGGUGCUUCUGGACUUAGAAGGUGGAAUCUGGUGACUUCACGAUAGCAAUUGUAUGCGAUCAUUAUAGCUUUAGUCAUGUGUAGAAUUUGAACAGAGUUGUGCUCGGGAUGUCCGAGAAGAAGAAAUUACCGCUAGUGUGAAAAUCUAUAAUAGGCA